CUUCUUGAGGCUUCAAAAUGUCAGGAACACCUCUUAUAGUGCUAAGUACGUAGCAUUUUCUGUUAGUGUGCUUUGUGAUGUGCUGAAAACUAAACGCUUACCUUUUUUGUAGAUCAAAACACAAGACGAGAAUCUGGUCGAAAAGUACAACUUGGAAAUGUCGAGGCAGCAAAGGUAUAACGUACCCUUACUAUUUUAUUGUGAUAUUUAAAAACACUUGUAACACGAGAGAACAAAACUGCUUUUAUGGCACUUGAUUUUGUGACAGCGACGCCGUAAAGUACAGUUUAUUAAUCUGCUGGCUGUUUGUCUUCACAGACUGGUGUGUUGUUUAAACCACGCAAUGUACGCUCUGCUCUUGAUAAUUCAGUGACAGCUUCUUAUUUUAUUUUAGACUAUUGCAGACAUUAUUAGAACAUGUUUAGGACCCAAAGCCAUGCUGAAGGUUAGUACAGCUGUAAGAUAAGAUAUGAGAGACACCUAAUUGACUGCCCAGACUCCAUGAGAGUCGUUUGAAUUUUGAUUUUAAAAGAGAAUGGCAAAAUCUGCCUAACUUUUACCUUUUGAAAUGAUUAAUAAAUCACAGUGUUCUUUAUCAGUUAUUUUACUUGGGUAGCCCCAGGGCCCCUUUUAUAAGGGCCAGUAAGGAGAAAAGUAUAAAGGGAGUCAUUAAACUGUGUUUGCGGAAUUCUCAAAGCUUGUUGUAAAAUCAACAUGUACAACAUAGGUACUGAUUGUAGUUGUAUUCUUGGUGGGGUGGUCAGGGGCACUUUAACUAAUAUGCAUGGUAUGUGACCACAAAGGCCCUGGUGUUGUGUUUAUCUGAUGUCCCAGCUGUAAUCUUCCACAGCUUUGUUUGAAAACAUGGAGCCAGCGUAAUUCAGGUAUAAAUGUAUUGUGUCAAAUGCAAGCCUCUUUUAUUCGCUGUGCCUGCUGGAAAUCUAUUUAACAAGCAAAAUGAAAGUAGAACUCAGUGUUGGUAAGACACAAGUGAAUGCACAGUCUAUAACUCCAUUUAAGUCAAGUUAAUUCAGGUUACAUUACAGUUUCUUAUAUUUUAUAUGUUUUCAAGCAUGUGGUGUUGCUUGGUGUCUGAGAGCUUCAAUAAUUUUUUGAUUCCCUGUUGCAUCUCAGUGACCUUUGGUCACCGAGCACCAAUUGAAUAACCAACUGAUGAAUAAGAAGGUUUCAUGUGACUGUACAUUUCAUGUUGAACAUUGUUACACAUGAUCUUUACCCACAAAUACAGCCGUCUCUCCUUAGUUGAUCCUCACCAUUCGCAAGGCUACUUGCGUUAAAGUAAUUGUGAAUAAAAUUGUUGAAUUCAAUAACAGUCUUGUUUACUGUGUUGUUCAAUUUAAUUUCCUCAUUCAUGAUCCGCCAUGAUUCCCUCUGUUGAUACUGGACAUAUUAUAGAAGGCUUUCUUAUUCACAUACAUGUAUUAUGAAAGUGGAUCUCAACAUCAAUCACACCUCUGAGGUAAAAGCGCGUGUCACCCGCACUUCCUAACCCUUGGUUACUGCUAGUUUAUUGUUUGCCCCACUGUAGUCAUUUAUCGGUGGUAAUGACAUUCUGACUUUGUCAAUUUGCUGUGCCACAUUGUUGCUAGUGAUUAGAACUUUACAAUCACUGGCAACAAUAUUAGCACCAAGGUCCAGCACAGCAAACUGACAACAUUGCCUGAUGAAGAACAGUAUCACAUGGUCAGAAUGUGGCAGUCAAUACAGAGUGACUAUUGUGAGAAACUGAUAAUAAUGAUAUUUCACCCUAACAUACACAACUUAUGCACAUACAGCGACAUAUUGUCUUUCAUUACAUGCAUAUCAACAUGCAACAUGUAGCAGUUCAAGACUAUUAACGAUGAUGGCAUGGUUGGCAUUAUAAAGAAAAAGAGUUUCUUUUUGUUUUGUUCAAACCAGAUGUUAAUGGAUCCAAUGGGAGGAAUUGUUAUGACAAAUGAUGGAAAUGCAAUUUUGCGUGAGGUUAGGAAUUCCUUGAUUUUCUGUGCAAUUUAAUCAUCCAAUUUGUAUUUAUUAGUUGUGAAAACUGGCUCCUUGAUACUGUGAAUUGGCCUUUGUUUCCCAAGUGACCUUCAAUUAGCAGUUGAGGUCACGUACAUUUACAGUAAAACCCCUUUUAUACAUCACUGAGGGCUUCCAGCAUUUAGGAGGAGGGAGGCUUAUUGUCUUGGUUUAUAAUAUUCUUAAAACCAUGGGAUUUCAGUCAUUUUCUGAUAGCAGAUUUGGUUAAUGUGUUCAAUGCUUUUGUUUAGAUUCAAGUGCAACACCCAGCUGCUAAAUCAAUGAUUGAAAUUAGUAGAACCCAGGAUGAGGAAGUUGGUGAUGGAACUACAUCAGUUAUUAUUCUUGGUAAAUUAUGUUUGGAUAUUAACAGUUGUAGGGCAUGUGUAUGUACAUGUGUAAAUUUGUGAAGAAGGAACUUGUAGGAGAAACCAUAACAAAGAGAGAAUUGGAAAAAUAUUGGUCUAUUUUUCUAUGAACCUGACACCAUUUUCAUUCUGGUCAUGUUAGUGUGCCACAAGUACAGACACAGUUCAGUCACGUGAUCUAGGCUUUCAGUUAAAGACAGACCCUGGCUGCUGUGGUAGCUUGUAAACCACAAAUCCGUCAUGCCGUUAUGGGGGCUGUUUUCUGCAAUCAAUGUUUUCUCUUACUAAAUUUGGUACUAAUCUGAAUAGAUGAAGAAGAGAGAAAUUUUAUUAUAUGCUAUAUUUUGCCCGAUGCUCUUAAUUCAGCUUUGAGAACCUUGCUGUUAAGUUCAUAGUUCAAUGUAAAUAGCACAUUUCUGUUUUCAUCACUUCUUAUAUACUGUUAUUUUUUUAAUUGUUGUGGUAAAAUUAUUUCAGCUGGUGAAAUGAUGUCUGUUGCACAGCCAUUCCUUGAAGAUCAAAUGCACCCAACAGUUAUAAUAGGUGCUUAUAGGCAAGCCAUGGAUGAUAUGCUGGAAAUACUAAGAGAUCAAAUUAGUGUUCCAGUUGAUGUGGAUAACAGGGAGGAAAUGUUGAAGAUAGUACGCAGCUCUGUUGGUACAAAGUUUGUCCAUAAAUGGUAAGUGUUUGAAUGUAUGUGAUGAUCAUGUGUUGAUGGGCUGUACUCAAACUAGUACCCAGUAAAAAAUAUUAUUAUUGUUUUUUGUCUCCCAACAUAAGCUUUGGGAGGGAAAGAAAAGUUGACCUUGUGACCAGACUAUAAGUCAUCUUUUUUACUGAGGAAAUGUACACACACUAACAACGACCAUGUGACUUCUGUGAUUAAAAGGAAAGUAUCCAAUCUUCCUUGUAUAAAUAGGUUUGUAAAAUAAAAAUAUAUAGGUGUAGAUGUAUGUUUUUCAAAAAAAAAUUUUGAUCAUGUAUUCUUACAUACAUGUAUGUGCAUUGUUACUUAUAAUAAUAUUUGGUCACUAUAAAAGCCUCUUUUCUCUAGGAAUUUCAAAGGUAAAGGAUUUUGUGAGAGAACAAUAAAACUACCUUUCCCACACAGAUUUUAUUGAAAAAUAUAAUUGUCAACUCCAACCUUUAAAAUAUUUUGGACUUGUAUCUUCCCUUAAACAAGUCUAUAAUAGCAGCAUCACACAAAACCCUACUCUUUCAAUCCCACAAGAUUCACUUCUUACCUUAUUCCUUAAGAACGCAAAAGGAACUAAGGUCGUCUACAAAAAAAUUGUCUGUAAAAAAAGGUCUGCCCCGGUGAGAAGUCAAGCAAAAUGGAACACUACGGUCUCCCAAGAGGGAUGUGUUGCUGAAUGGAACACAGCAUAUACCUUGGCAUUCAAGUGUACUUAAAGCACGACACUCAUUAAUUUUCAGUAUUGAUUUCUGCAUAGAAUACUUCCCACAAACUCAUUUCUGAAAAAGAUUGGUAUCAAGCAAGACCCAAACUGCUCCUGUUGCUGUACCACUGACGAAAAUCUCGCUCAUCUUUUCUGGCACUGUCCAAGCGUUCAAACUUUUGGGGAACUUUGACUGAAAAGCUUGCUGAUUUCCACUUUAUACCUGGAGACUACUCGAUGGAAAUUGCAGUUUUUUUUAGGCCUAAAGUCAGAUACCUCCAAAUUUUCUCUUCAGAUAAACUUCUUCUUUCUUUUAGCCAGACACUACAUCUGGGGUUGUGGAACCUGCAACAGGACCCCUCAGCUAAAAAUGUUUUUGUAUGUUUGUCUCAGCUAACUGCAAUAUUUUUAUUUAUUUUUUACUUUUUACUUAGGGGAGACCUUGCCUGUAACAUGGCAUUAGAUGCAGUGCAAACUGUUGUUAGAGAGCAAGGCGACAGAAAAGAGAUAGACAUAAAAAAUUAUGCAAAAGUUGAAAAGGUAAAUGGUAACUUUGACUCAUUGAUUCCUGGAAUGUUUAUGACGUUGCAGUUAAUUUUUUAUUUCACUUAAUCUUUAUUUUAAAUUCAUUAGCAUACAUUACCAUACCCAAAAACAAUGGAAAAAUAAAAAUUAACUACAACAUACGCAAUCAGCAUGAAAUUAACUACUGAUCCCAACUUGUGGGUAACAAAUUUAAGGUUCCUGGGGAUGACCUGGAAGAUUCUUUUGUUUUGUCUGGAGUAAUGGUCAACAAAGAUGUCACACAUCCAAGAAUGAGAAGGUAAUAAUCAUAAUAAUAAAAAUAAUAAUAAACUUUAUUUAAGUGUCAGGUACUUUAGCUAUGAAGCUAAUUGGGGACACUAUAAGAUGCUACAGGGUGUUGCAAAAGUUUGUUCCGAUUUUCUUUUUUUUGCUUAAACUUCAACGGUUACGAAAACUAGGUGUGUUAUUUGUUAUUCAUUUUAUAUUGAGGAUGGCCUCCUUUAUGUUUUUUAACAUUUUCUAAGCGGUGGGGUAUAGAAUGUGUGAGCUUCGUAAGCAUGUAAAGUCUUAGGUCACAUUUUUCUAGGCAAAGUUGAGUCGCCUUCUCAGCUUGUCCAGUGUUUUCCGGGCUAGAUCUUUGUAUGCUGUCUCGUCAGCGACACUCCAAAUUUCAGAUCAGGUGAGUUUGCUGUUGCAGUGGUUCUUUUGGUAUAAUGUUUGGCAAAUUCUUCUGACACCAUCUCUGAGCCGCUUCUGGAGUGUGUGCCGCUUCAUUGGCUUGAAGUCUUUUCACCCUUUGUUGGUCUGAAUAAUUAUCUCCGUACCAUUGUGCUCAAAAAUUAAUUUUGAUAUUGUGAAGUUUGUUUUUUAGCUAUAUCCCUCAUGUUAAAUUAUAAUUAUACUACUAAAUAGGUUUUUUGAUUGAAUUUCUCGAAAGUUCCUCAAAACAAACGGCUCUCCACUCCUUGGUUUGUCUUCUUAAGACUUUCUUUUUGACUACUUUGUUAACCCUUUGUUCAGUCUUGUUCAACGAUUUGGAAAUUUCUUUGACUUAAUGACCAGAUGACUGUAAAAAGCUGCCUGAGCUCUAGCACAAACAGUUUUGGGCUUUAUUUCCAUGAAAGAGGGGAGAAAAUAAAAAAAGGGCAAAAAUACAAAAUAAGAAAACCUACAAAUGGGCAGGAAAAAUAUGGCGGGAAAAAGCAGGCACGCAUACACAUUUGGUGCAAAAUUUCAAAAACACCAUUAUUUCUUCAAAUUUUAGUUUGAAAUCGCUUUGAACUGUUUUCUAGAUAAAUUUCUUAACUGAAUCAGUUUAAAUUUGCCUAUAGAAGCAUCAAAUGCUGUAUACUAAAUGCAAUUUUCAAUCAGAAUGAACUUUUGAAACAUCCUGUAUAGGUAAUUUUUUCAUGGCUGAAAAUUUGAUCUGCUUGUUAACAAAGUGUACUGUCUCCUUUUCUGAUAACCCUUUGGACACUCCUAACAGUGCCUAAAGUAAAAAUUCCCGUUUAAGAGAUGGUAGGGUCGAGGUUUAAGGAGGUCUAACCAGUCAAGACAUUAGAGGUGUUCAGAGGUAUGCCUUGAGCAGCCCUUACACUUCUUUCUAGCAAUAUCCCACUAUCCGUAACUUGACGGUUGCAUUGCAUAGCUGUGGCAUUUAUCAUUUCAUUUACAAAUAAAAUAUCAUAAAAAAACUGACAUGAGUAACAAAAUCAGUUGGUUUUGUUACCAAAACUUCAUUUCAUUUAACCUACCAUCUGACAAAAGUAAUAAAAUUUUUGUUGUUCCACCUAACCUUUAAAAACUAAAAGAAAGAUGUGCAACAAGCUCAUAAUUAAUUUUGUUUAUACCCAUUCUUUGUUGCUACCCUGGUAACCUCAGUCCAAGGGCCCCUCUUUCCCUUGGAAGGAGUUUGCUCCAGGGCAAGCCCUAGGAUUUCACUGUAAGGAUCAUUUGUGGUAUCGUGUCAUUACCAUGGUCUUAAAAUAACAAAACCAAAAAGUAACAUUUUCACAGUGAGGGAUCAACUUACAGAAAUUCAUUAUUUUCACCAGCAGAGCAGUUUUUUGGUUCUUUCUUGGCUUAAAAACAAAACUAAAAGGUUGUUCAGCAUCUAUCAGUUUUCUGUUUUCUGCUAUCUUUAGUCAUUUCAAAAGUGCAUUGAACAUUACUGGUUUAUGGCUUCCACUGCCAAGAAAAAAUAUAUUUUGGAGCCAUAUCUUGAUAACAUGUAGGAGGUGGGAUCCCAUAAAUUUUCACGGAACCAAAAACUUGUUACAGAUGGUUUCCCAUUAUCUCUGGGCAUGGAACUGACAAAUUGUUUUCCUUGGGAUUUGAAAUCUUAGGCUUGCAGGGUAUGUUUGCAUUAGACACAAGGCCUCAGUUAAAUUUGUAUGGUUUCAGAUGGAUUUCCCAUAAUCUGAACAUAUCAGUACAUGUACUUUGUAACUUAAUGUUAAAAAGAAAGAAGUAUUAUUAAAAGUGACCCGUUAUGUGUUUGUUUCUCUUCAUAGGAGAAUAGAAAAUCCUAGAAUAGUUCUUUUGGAUUGUUCCUUGGAAUACAAAAAGGGAGAAAGCCAGGUAAAUUGCCGUAUUAUGCUUUAAUCUGUGCUUCACUCUCAUGUUUGUUGCAAAAUGUUUGUUGCACACAUUUUGUAUCACAUCUGUUCUAGAAGGUUUGUAGUUACAUGGGUAUCCUUAGCUUAUGAUGAUCACCAAAAGGAUAUUUUUGCAUACAUGGGUAUAUGCCCAAGACGACUGUUAAGUCCUAUUGUACAUCAAGCACAGGUGUAUUGCAAAAAUUAAGUCACGAAAGACCUGCCACCAAUUGCCUGCGGUUUCCAAAACGGGUGAUUCAUGUAUUGGCUUUGCCAAUGGCAAGGGAGAUUCUUUUGUAGCACUCCUUACAUGUAUGUUCCAACUGGUGAUCUGUUUCUUGUAUUGACUUUUGUGCACAAGUGAGAUGCUUUAGUAAUUAUUUCACUAUUAUCCAACAAUGAAUGUUUUUAUUGCCUCACUCUUCUUUCCUUGUAUAACACAUUUCCUGGGUUCAUUUUUACUACACUGCUACAUUACGGUUUUUGAAGAAUGUUUAAUUUCAAUCACUUACCAUUUUUCAGACAAGCCUCGAAAUUUCACAAGAAGUGGACUUCAAGUAAGUAGUGAUUUUUUAGUACAAUGAAGGCCAAAAGAACUUGGGACUGUGUGAAGAAAAACCCUUCCAAGGACUCUGCUCCUAAUGACAAUUUUUUGAUCGGCUUUGGGCUCAUCCCGUCGUGGCCCCAUCCCCCCCCCCCCCCCCCAAUGUUGUGGCCCCCCAUGUUGUGCAAAAUUCAACUUUGUUUGGGGUGGGAGGGGAGGGGAGGUUUCUCUAUUUUUACUAAUAUCACUGGAAAGGUCCCAACACUUUUGACCUUCUUGUGUUUGUAGAGCAGUAACAAACAAAGAAGAAGAAAAGUAUUUUUAGAAUGUGAAGUAAUUGGCAUUCUGAAAAUUAAUUAUUGUCAAACAUUUAAGUAAGCUUUGAGUGUUGAAAUUCUUGUUGUACCAUUGGUUAAACCCUGUAUUGCUUCGUGUACAUUUAGAGUGAUUAAUUUUAUACAUCCAGAAACUCAUAAGGGGCUGAACAACCCCUUAUGAGUUUCUGAUACAUCUUAAUAUAAUGUUUCCUGUCAGAAUGUCAGUCAAAAAUGAUUUGUUACCAGUGAUAAUUUACAUCCAUUUGGGUUAGCAUCUUUCCUGCCAUGCCUAGAAACUAAGUUAGUUCUGUCAUUUUCAGUCGUGUUCUUCAGUUAGAAGAGGAGUAUAUUCAGCGAGUGUGCAGUGACAUCAUAGCAAUAAAACCUGACGUUGUGUUUACAGAGAAAGGGGUGUCAGGUAUGUAAAGUUCAACACCAGAUUAAAUCCAUUUCAGCAUUUGCCCUUCCCCUAAGGAAAUAAAUGAUACACUCUUUGAAGAGGUCACCUCACCAGAAAAAUUUGAACUGGUAGUCACAAUUUAUUUUCCCCUUUCCUGACAUUAUAGACCUAGCACAGCACUUCCUUGUAAAGAAUGGUAUAACAGCUAUACGCAGGAUUAGGAAGACUGAUAACAAUCGUAUCGCACGUGCCUGUGGAGCAACAAUUGUGAACAGAACUGAAGAACUGAAGGAAGAAGAUGUGGGAACACAAGCUGGAUUGUUUGAAAUAAAGAAGUUUGGAGAUGAGUAAGUGUGGGUUUAGUCAGUUGCAUUGCUCUUACCGGUGUCUGGAGUCAAUGUUCAAUAUUUUUUGUUGUCAGGUACUUCUGUUUUGUGACAGAAUGCAAGAAUCCCAAGGCGUGUACCAUCCUACUCAGGGGAGCCAGUAAGGAUAUCUUGAAUGAGGUAAUCAAAACUGUGCACAUUAUUUUAAGGGCUAAUAUUUUUACAAUAUAGUUAAAAUUAAAAGUGCAAGACUUGUGUGAUCUGAAGGGGGUGACCAUAACCUGAAAAAAAUUCUAGUGCAAAUAAAUCAUCCUCCUCGUAUAUAGCUACAUGGAAACUAAUAUGAAGACCAGUGAACCGGUGUACAUGUAACCUGAGCUACAGUAGUGUGCUGCUAUAAUGACCAUGGUUUGUUGUGUUAUGUUAGGUGGAACGUAACCUUCAUGAUGCUAUGAAUGUAGCAAGGAAUGUAAUGUUGGAUCCCAGGCUGGUGCCCGGUGGUGGAGCUGCAGAAAUGGCCCUUUCUCAUGUAAGUAACCUACAGUGGUCAUCAGUCGGCCUGACUGUGUUACGCUUAUGAUAUGCAAGCAGGCUAAUGCUUCAAGCUUUUGUCCUUGUCUUUUCCGCCAAAAAUGCAAAAAGCCGUACGGAGGUAAUCAUAGCUAGUAUUUAUCUAGCUACUCAUUUGCUUAAAAAUAGCACAGGGUUAUGGUAUAUACAGCUGUAUUAGUAUGUACGUGAUCUUUUCUGUUAGUGUAUUUCAACUAUCGUUGACUGUGAUGAGGUAUUUCUGUUUGCUUAUAUGUUGACUGACAGGUACUAACAGAAAAAGCUAAGUCGGUAGCGGGUGUUCAACAGUGGCCUUACAAAGCUGUUGCUAAAGCUCUAGAAGUCAUUCCACGCACUUUGAUCCAAAACUGUGGUGCUAACACGAUCAGGACUCUUACAGCUCUCAGGGUAAGCUGCUCAUCCUACUCAUCACUGCCGAUGUUUUUAGCAGCUUAUUGCUUUAGUAAUAAGUAAUAAAGAUAUUUAAACAGGGAGCUCACGUCAGACGUGGUUUUCAGUGGGACCCUGCAUCAAAUUAAUUACAAGUAUAAUAAUGCCUAAAUAUUGAAAGGUUAAAAACGUCUUUGGCUAUCGCUUUGUUGUAAUUUUUUUGGUGUUAAUGCCCCUCUCAGGGCUCAGGAAUCAAAAUGAGAUGUUGUCUAGCUUGAAAUUCUCACUUAAACUGGGUGAUGUUUUCGUCUAGCAGAUUAUUUGAAAAACAAUAUUUUUGACAUUUCUGUGAUAUUUUUGCAGGCAAAACACGCGGUUGAAGGUAACACAUCCUGGGGUAUCAACGGUGAGACUGGUGAAAUAACAGACAUGAAUGAACUUGGUGUGUGGGACACGUAUUCUGUCAAGGCGCAGACAUUCAAGACUGCUAUUGAGGUAGCGGCCCUUAGAUACACAUAGAUAAACAAUUGACGGAUAGCGUAGAGCAAACUCGUCCCCAUGGCUUUUCCCGCGCCGCUCCUUUAACGCGGGCGGGAAAACCUCUGGUGACGAGGUGUAGCGUAUUUUAAAAAAGCUUUUAAAAUUGGGAGAGAUUAAGUGAUUGAAGAAAAGUACGCUUUUUUAGCCGUAGCCUGCGAGUAAGUUCUCUGUUGCGCCCUCCUUUGUGUUAUUUGCGCAUACUGUGUUUCGGGUAUUUGAUUGAGUUGUCUUUUGUUAUUUCUUCAGACCGCCAUGCUUUUACUGCGUAUUGAUGACAUCGUAUCCGGAACAAAGAAAGCCAGCGGUAAAGAAGGAUCUCAGUCAGGAGCGGCUCCUACUACAGGGCCGCCGGCUGAUGACUAGACAUGUCCUGAACACACCCUACACCAACUUCGGACCUUACGCCAGCGCUUUUUCGAUGACUUUUCAAGCUUACACGAAGCUUGUUUCUGUCAAAAUAAGCAGACUGACUUGCAAAAAGCCAGAUCUUAGCAUUGAACGAUUUACAGGUUUAGUGUAUGUUUGUUUCCAACAUUUUAGGCUUGGAGUAGCACCCUACUUGGCUUUCUGCAAUGUGAAAAACUAAUGUACUGCUGUAUCUUUCAGAAUAUUCAAAUAACGGUUACUUUGGCGCAGCUCAGUCACAUGAUUUUGGCCUUGGGAAUAAAAUUAUGUGCCGAUAGAUUGUGAUCAAUUCAUAACUAAACACAUUA